AUGCCGCCAGCAGGGAGAGGUGGCCGUCGCCACCAGCGCGAUGUCAGGGAUGACAGGGAUGACGAAGAGGAAGAUGAUCAGGAGCCUGAAGAAGAAGACAGGCCCCGUCGCUACCCGCGAUCCCGCUACAGGCCGGAUGGCACCCGACGCCGCUCGGCAGGCGAACUCCAAGCCAGGCAGGCAGCCUGGCAGAAUAAAAGGAAGGGCAGGGGACAGGCCCCCCAGACCGGCCAGGGCAAAGGCAAAGGAAAGAAUUCGGAUCGUGGCAAGGGAAAUGGGGAGCAGCCGCGGCAACGGCCCCCAACCCAAACAUCAAAUCGCCAGCAAGAGCAGCGCCAGCAAGACAGGCGAACAGAAAGGCGAGAAGAUCAGGAUCCCCGGCCAACACAGCGCCGCGAUCAGGACGAUGAUCGAAGUCGCGACAGAGAAUGGAAUCCCGACACAUGGCAAGGAGGUGGCUGGAUAGACUAUUCUUCACGGCAAUGGGAUGGAUGGCGAACCAACACAGAGGAUCGCCGCCCUGAUCGCCGUCGGCAGCAAGAUGCUGAAGAAUCACGGGAGGGCAGACGCCCACCAGCAAGGGGAACCGCUAGGGAUGACCGUGAUACGGCCCCUACCAGCAGAGCGGACCGACAAAGAGACACUAGAGAUGAUGCUCCCCAACGCCGGGUCGAGCGGCAUAAAGAUACUCAUGAAGACACUCCCCCACGGAGGGUUGAGAGACGUGAGGCCAGGACACAGGGACGUCCUCCGACCCCUCCUCGCAGCCCACGCAAGCGAGGUCACCGUGGGGACGCCGAUAGCCGGCCCCAGGCAGAGAACAGUCUCCCAAAAGACCUUCCACGAGGCCCGCCCCAGUCUACGGCUCAGACAGCCAGACAAUGGGAGCGCUGGCAGUCGCUUCGCGACAACCUCAGGAAACUGAGGCAGAAUGGGGCCACGGAGCACAUUGAAUCGUUCUUCGGCAGAGGCCACUAUACCAAGAAGCAUGAUGACUUUCACAAAGCUGUGAAAUUGCCAUCCUACGGGAACUGGAAUUGGGCAUCGUUUGCCUACCUGCUCUGUGGAGAGCUCCAUGGCAAUCCGGAAACCUCAAAGGAAGGCUCGUACGGAGCAGCCGUUGAGGGCUGGGUGGGAACAGUCCACGAGGAAGAGGACCCCGAAUUCCGAGCCAUGUUCAACUGGAUUGUGGAAUCCAUGGAUGCUUGGGUUGAUCUCCUGAGUGAGAUCACCAGCCAAAUGCAUGACAUUAUGGGCUGGAAAAUUACGGAACCAGAAGUGGAUCGACUUCUACGCCACUUCUACCCGGGAGCCAAGCAACCAACUACGGCCCCUUCCUCCUCCUCGCAUCAAGCCAAGGAAGUGCCGUAUUCGGCCCCUUCACAAGAUGCUGACUAUCAAGAUGAGGAAGAUGACUACUACUAUGAGGACGAGGAGUACUACGAUGAGGGCGACGAGGAAGAAGAGGAAGAUCAGUACUGGGAAAGGGAAGAGGAAGCUCCGGCAAGCUCCCAUAAAGAAAACAUCAAGGAUGAGCACAACCUGGAAAGCCUGGAAGCCCUCGGCAUCUACGAAGAGGUGCCGACCACACCGGCCCCAAAUGCUGACUCCGCCCACACCAGUGCUCACAGCACACUGACCGAAGAGCCAGAGGGGAGCCUGGAACAGGCCCCCACCUUCACUCCGUACUCCUUCCCAUUCCCGCCGACGAGACUCCGUCGAGACCGCGACGAAACCUUAUCGAAGAGGUUAAGCAAGGUCCUCCGUCAUGACAAAGGCCAAUUUGGCCUUGACUUCUACAAGAAUGCCACGGAGGAGCUCAUGGCAGUGAUCUACUGGAACAAAAAACAAAGGUUCCGAAUCCUCCUGGCCCGGGACCGAGACAGCACCAACAUUGUGGUUGGAGCAGUACAGGGCCACAGCAGUAAAGUGGACCCGGAGGCCGUACACGAUAGGGUCGACCCCAAGGAGGUCCCCUUUCUCCUUCACGCGACCCACUAUGAGUUCUACAAGAAGAUCUUUCACGAAGGCCUUCACCCUGGCGGUGGUGGAGGGAGCUCCUGGAGGCAGCAACUUCACCUACUGCCCGGUGAGAGGAGCAGCGAAAGGUACUUCCCCACACGCACUGACAUCGUGCUACAUGUGAAGCCGAGCUCGGCCACCGAAUGUGUCUACUAUCGCUCUCAGAAUGGGUACUAUCUCACGUCUGACUCAAUCGCUCCGAAGUACAUUCAGGCUGUGACGAUUCGUGAGAGCGGGGAAAGGGUUGAGUCCACGGAGGACUCCCCUCCACUCCCAUCCGUGGUGCUGCAGGCCUACCUACGGCCACAAUUAGGACAGGCUGGUCGGCAGUCGGAACUGGAUGGUGGUCAGACCCACAUGCUCGACGGUCAGGCUGGUAUUCUAGAGGUCGCGACUCGACUAGAUGCACUCUUGUUUGCCACUCGGCUGUCCAUGCAAUCCGCAGCGGAUCAGGAAGGGCUCUGGCCCAACAAAUCACAUGGGCCCCCAUCAGAUAGGACCGCUCACUGCAGCAUGUCGUCUGAUUCGGACUUCUGGGAAGCACUUGACGACGAAUUCCCGGAUGUUGAAUGUGAUAGUGAUGAUCUCCUGGACGAGACCCCUCCACCGGGAGUGACUCAGGCAGUGCAGCCCGACCCACCAUAUCGGCCAGUAUUUCCAGGUACUCCGGUGCAAAACGUUUUGGCACUGGUCAAGAGGUCCUCCCCAGGGCAAAAGGGAGAGGACGGCCCUGCCCACAGAACUGUGGUGCCGACCGGUCGGCCACAAAAAGCAGCUACAUCUAGUCAAGUGGAUGGAAACCGCAAGAGGAAAAGGAGGCCAUCGCAACGGCCUGAUCUACCGGAGCAGCCCGAAGAUGGCCCGGAACAAGCCGGGGGUGCAGCCUCCCACUCAACCAGAAUGCACCUCCUCUUUGGUGAGCCCAUCCACCUGACAGGCAACCAACCCGACAGCGGUAAUGCGGAGACGACUGAUCGACCCGCAACCAUCACAGAUGACCUUCCCAUGGAACUAAGUGCUGACUAUCGCCUUGAAGACGAUAUCGAUCUCACUUUGAUUCCGGCCCCCAUCCAAGGGGUGCCGACAACUUGA